GUGAUGUUGCAUCCAUUCUCUGGCAACUACAAAGCAACCCGCAGGCCGCCGUCAUAUACCAAAGGUGUCCAUCUCUCAUCGUCUCCCCCAACCUCACCUCUCACGAGUGCCGCGGACGAAGAUGAGGACGUGCCGAUGUAUGACGAUGAGCCCCAACCAUUCCUCCUCGACUUGGCGGAUGAAGAUGAGGUGACGAAUCAGCUGUUCAAUGAUGACGAUUGGGAGAUGGAUGGGACGGAGGAUCGGACAGUUGUCCCGGACGACGAAGAUGAUACUAGAGUGUGGGACGCUGCCAUGUCCAGCGCAUUCGACGCACGUGAACAUACGAUAGAUCUGAGCGGAUGUUGCCUAAAGUCUAUCCAUCCUAUGAUCGCCGAUCUGUCCCAUUACUUUGUACUGCCGGACACGGUUCCUCAACCGAACGCAAAGCAAGCGUUCAUCCGAGCACCAUCCGCACCAACACUGAACUUCAAGCCCCCUUCGAGAGGCAUGCAGAGAUCCACCACGCUUUCCCAAUUGAACGAUAAUUUUGCUUCGGGGAAUCGGCGUGUCGACCAAAGUGUAUCUCUCUACCUAACGAACAAUUCCAUUGACAAAAUCACUGUGGAAGUUUGCGGGAUUGAAAGAUUGGCGGUACUCAGUUUGCGUGCAAAUCAACUAACCCACGUACCGGAUUGCAUUGCCCUGCUGACCAAUCUGCAAGAACUGAGUAUAUCUCAAAACAAGAUUGCCUAUCUCCCUGCCUCCAUUCUCAAGCUUAAUUUGCGCGUGUUUGCUCUUCGACCGAACCCAUUACUCCCUCCUCCACAAGAUUAUCCUGCCACGAGCCUGGGCCCACUAGUCCGUCACGGCUGUCCGAGUUUGAAGGAACUUUGUAUCAGGGCGCUCACCUCACCGCGACCUUAUCCACCGAUACGAAACUUUGCGUUACCUAUUCAAGAAAUCGCGCAAUCUCUAGAAGACUCUUUGUAUCUCUCGCUUGCGCCAGCACAAAAAUAUCACCGGCAGAAGGCAGAUGCCUCCUUGAAGCCCAUCUGCUGUCCGAACCCGCGGCACACAGAACAGGAUGGGGGAGAGAUCUGGUUUGUGGAGCCAGCAGAAGAGAGGUUGCAGUGGCUUACUGAGGUCGCGGGUGUGGAUAUGGGUGACGCAGUGCCAAUUCUGUGGAAGGGAUGCAGCAUUGGGUGCCUUGACUUCCUGGAGAAAGAAUAGGGGAUAUCAUCAUCAAGAUUCAGUUCACCCCGCAUUUGGUGGUUGUAUCUUCCGAUUGCUCCCUAUCACCCCGAGUCGAACUCCGAUCUAGCGUCUCCCACACCCACGUCUGUUGGUCUCAAUGUCACCUUGACAAUUAACCACCAUGUCGUCAUUCGUACACAAUGAAGAACUCAAAUACGAAGGACCGCAUACAACGGCGGAGCUCAUCCGCCUCCUUGAUGAUGCCAAGGACGCUAUGCGGCCUUGGGCCGCAGGCUCGGAGCCUCCUGACGACUUCAGGAGGCGAACAUGGCAAAUGGCGGCGUCACACGCUACCUUUUUUUUGGCGCUCAGUCACAUCCUGAGGAUUGUCCCCACUGUUCCUGCUGCAACUACCAACGAAUUUGUGGAAUAUUGUCUAAUGUGGGUUCUUUGUGUUGAACAUCACCACUGGUGGGAAGAAGAGCUUUACUAUCCGCAAUUCAGUCGCGGAAUGCAUACUGACGAGAUAAUCAAGGAGCAUGAAGCGUUCAAGGGGGGCCUGGAGGAUAUGAGGGCGUAUCUCAUGUCCUGUCUACCCCCUGGUUCGCCACAUGGGUUUGAGAGCAAAGUGACAACCAAGGAGAAAUUGGAAGACUUUGACGUGAAGAAGAUGGAAGACAUCAUCUGGACAUUCAUAAUACCAUUUAUAUCACAUCUGACCGCUGAGAUUGAUUAUCUGCACCCCGACAAGCUCCGCGCCGCAGAGAGUUUGGAAGAAAUGGAGCGAUUAGAUGAGUGGAACACGUCAUAUUUCAAGAAUGAGAUGCCACUCGAUACUUUCAUGACUUGGCUAGUCCUA